AUGAAGACCACCACUUUCGCUGUCGCCCUUCUCGGCUUCUUCCCCGCCAUCUUUGCCCAGGAGACUCUUGCUCCCUCUCCUACCGAGUCUGUCGGAUGUGAGCCUCACGGAGACCACUGGCACUGCGACGGUGCCAGGUCCACUCUUGCGACUGAGGCCAAGGCUACCACCGACGCUGAGCACGAUGACGACCAUGAUCAUGACCACGAUACCACUGGAACAGGGUCUCUUGCUCCUUCUCCCACCGAGUCUACCGGUUGCGAACCUCAUGGUGACCACUGGCACUGCGAGGCUGCCAAGACUGGUUCCGAGGCCAAGGCUACCGAUGAUCACGACCACGACGACCAUGACCACGACGAUGAGGACCACACCCACUCUGCUGGUGCGACCAAGUCUCUCUCUCCUUCGCCCACAGAGUCAAUCGGCUGUGAGCCGCACGGCGACCACUGGCAUUGCGACGGUCCUGCUACCGCUGCAGCUACUGCGGCCACUGCCUCUGACUCAGCCUCUGCCACCGAGAGCGACUCUGCCGCUGUCACCGACAACGCUGCAGGUGUUCAGAUGAUUCCUCUCGCAGGACUUGUCGCCGCUGCUGUCCUUGCUCUGUAA